AUGGAUGAAGAGCUUGAGAGAGCAGCAGACAGUGGAGAUGUGGAGUUCCUUAGAAAAUGCAAAGCCUCUAAUAAACCCAACGAAUACUACCUGUCUUUCAAUGGUAUGAAUAUAUUUCACAUGGCAGCAGAGAAUAACAGAGAAGAUUUUAUUAGAGAAGCAAUUAGUAUGUUACCUCCCGAAGACGUACACCAACUCCUCAUCCAACCAGAGGAAGAAACAAGAUUGUUUAACCCUCUUCAUCACGCAUGCUACAUCGGUAAUGUAGAGAUAGUAAAGAUGUUUCUAGAAGUUUACACAUCUUUAUCUGAUAUUUCUGAACGACCUUGGUUACUCAAGGAUAACCAAGGAAGUAGCCCUUGCCAUAUAGCUGUUUAUAGUUUUCACGAGGAAUGUGCGUUGGAAGUAUUAAAAAUGGAUAUGGAGUUGAUUGCUAAUAUGCCUAGUAAUCGUGGCUGCCCUUUACUUUACGAAGCUGUAGUUUGUAAGUUAGGCAAAUUAGCUUUGGAGAUGUUGAAUUCCCCUCAUUCUUUUCCUUGCAACGGGAACGACGGCUACACUCCUUUCCACUCGAUUCAUUUUUUUGAUCGCUCAGAAGAAGCAACAGAAAUCUUUCGACUAUUACUUCAAAAAGGGUCGGAGCUACUUGAACAACAAAAUGACAAUGGAUUUUCAAUAUUCCAUUUAUGGGCAUCUGAGGGUAAAUUGUGGCCAUUCAAAUAUCUUCUAGAAAGCCAUGUUACUAUUCCAAAUGUUAAGGGGAUUUUCGCACACUUGAUCUCUUUAACAAACAUAUAUGGUGACAAUCCUUUACAUAAUCUGGCUGAAACUACCUCCAAUGAAGAAGUUGCUAUUGAAAUAGCAAAGUUGCUCAUAGAUAUAUACAAAGAAGAAGCAUCUGAUCUUUCAGAAGAUCUACCUCCAUGGUUAGUGGAGGACAAUGAUGGUGAUACACCUUUGUCUUUGGCCAUAGCUCGUCAGUACGAAAAGUUUGCACUAUAUAUCUUGUCAAUUGAUGAAAAUGCAGUUAUUGAAACCCAGAAGAAUGUUUUGUUCUUGGCUAUCGAGAAGGGAUGA